ACAGAACGAUGGUUACCAUCUUGCCGCGCUCACUAAUGCGAAUUGCGAACCCGAAUAAAAUAAUGGGGAGCGUUGAAACCUUUGAGUCUCUUGAAGAUUUCAAUGCAUGUCUUCAGCAGUACGAGGGAGACACGAACACAAAGUUUAUCGUUUUGAAGAGCGAUCGUGCAUUUGGCAAAAAUGAUCUGACGGUGGAAAAACAGCUACAGUGGGAAGUGAAGAUUGUUCCUUUCAAUGGCAUGCCUUUCAAGAUUAUUGGGAAAAAGACAUAUAUAUGUCACCAAGGAAGAGACAAGCACGCCAAAGCCAAACAAAGACGGCAGGAGAGUAAAGCACAAGGUCAUGAAUAUUCAAGCCUUAAAACAAGACGCCUGAUGCAACCAACUAAAAAAAUGGGUUGUCCAGCAACCAUAAAUGUUGUUCAUAUUGUGAGGUUUCCUGAGUAUAAAAUAACAGAAGAUAACCCGUAUCAGAAACGAGAAAAGUCUUCAGCUGUUAGAGAGGCCCUAAGACUAGUUCCAAAGCGUGUGCGCACAGAAGAAAUGUUUGCAGCCAGCUUCCCAGAUAUUAAAGAGCAUCAAAACCACCCCAUUUUUGGAAAGGAAUCAAGAGACAUUUGGAACAUCAUAAAAAAGGUCAAGGCAGGAAACAGGAAGUCCAGUGCAGACCAUCAUAAUCUACAGGCCUUGGUAAACACAUGGAAAGAAGAGGGCUGUGCCAUUGAGUACAGACCCUCUCAGGAGAAGGAGGAUGGUAGCGUGGUGAAGAUGCUGCUGUGCUUGCAGACGCCGUGGCAGAAGAGGCUUAUGUUACUGUAUGGACAGCGCAUGUGCUUACUGGAUGAAUCCUAUCGAGCUGGCAGAAAUUCACUGCCACUCUUCUUUCUGUGGGUGAGGACAAAUGUGAGCUACGCCGCUGUUGGAGUGUUUGUCACUCAGACAGAGACUAAAGAGGACAUCGCAGAAGCCUUGAAGGUGUUUCAGAAGUGGAAUUCAGACUGGAAUCCAUCACACUUCAUGGUGGACUUCUGUGAGGCAGAAAUCAGUGCUUUAGAGGAGGUGUUUAAGGGUUCUAAAGUGCUCCUCUGUGAUGUUCACCGAGAGAAGGCAUGGAUGGAGUGGAUAAGAAAAAAGGACAAUGGUGUGACAUCUCAGGAAGAGGUUCUUAAACUUCUACAGGCCAUUGCAGAUUCUCAGACGAAUGAGGAGUUUGAGAACAACACUGUUACCCUUCAACAACAUCCAGACUGGCAGGCAAAUGAGAAGCUGAGAAUGUUCGUCAGCACAUGGCUUGUUCAUGCAGAGGUAUGUUGAAUUGAAUAUCAAAUGCUCAAGUGGCUCACGCAAAUACAGCACAAAUGUGCCUUGUUAUGCAGGAUACAGACCAAGAAUUAUGACUCAACACAUUAUGAAAAGGCACCAAGAGUCGCUGCUCUUCAAUGCGAGUGACAUAACAUCUGCUGGAGAGAACGUCUUCAAUGUUCAGAGUCAAACGUCACAGGAAAAACAUCAGGUGAACUUUGGAAAAGACAAUGAGAUGCCUUCAUGUACAUGCAUGGACUGGCGGAGACAUCUUCUCCCGUGCCAGCAUUUCUGUGCUGUUUUUACCUUAGUUCCUGGCUGGAGUUGGGAGAAUCUGAGCGCUGCGUACAGGAAGAACCCUCUCUUCAUGUUUGACAAGGUUUGCCUGGGACAAUCUGCUACACUUCCUACUGAUCUUCAAGGCGAAGAGGCUCCGAAGAAUCAGGAGAAUGAUAUUAGUCCAGAGAGAUGUCAGUCUCCUGCUGCUCCCUCAGAGCCCAUCCUGACCAAUCCUACAGCAGAAAAAAGGGAGAAGUGCUGUAGCUUGUUGAAGGAGAUAUCAGAAUUGACAUGCCACAUACAGGAUGGGACCUUUCUAGAUUCAGUAACUGAUCGCCUUACGGAUCUGUUAGAAGAUAUAAGGCGACACACUCCCCAUGAUGACAUCCUUGACCUUUCCUACGCCCCACCAUCCAAGAAAAUGCAUCUGCAGAGCACCCAGAAUCAAUUAACGCAAUCCCCCAAAGAUGCUCUGUAUCUGGAAAA